GUUUGAGCCGGUAUUGUCCGGUCGCGGUAUUGGUUUUUUGGUACACCAAACUUUGUCAAAAGUCGUUUCACUGCGCCACGUAAGCUUGGUGCUAAUUACCAACGGUCUGGCAUUGCUCUUAUGCCACGGAUGAUUUUGCAAAAAUAUUGCCGAUCUUCGGAUGUUACGGAUAUCUAUGAGGUUUGUCUUUUAUUUUGUUUUUUAGUAAUAAAUUGUUGACUAAAUACGAUUUUUAAGAAUACAUAAGACAAAAUUGUAAAAAAAAAAAUCCAAAAAACGACAAAGGCAACCAUAGAUAUAUUAUUUUCAAAUCGGUGCACUAUCACUACGAUAGAAUCAGAUUCGUCGUAAUAACUAUUAUCGUUAGUUAAUAUUCGUUCAUAUAAUUAUUAUUAUUAUUUUUAAUAAUUAUUGUGUGGCCGGUAACCCUACACGUUUGGUAGGUGUAUAUAAGAUAUAUAUGUUUAAAAAUUACGAAAAUUCAAAACAUGUUUCAAUGUUUGAUCGAACUUUCUUCAGAAUCGCAUUUCAUCAGCAAUGAUUCAUCGUUAUAAAUUAAAUUAUUAUUAUGUAUCCUACCUUCUCAACUUUCCGCUUAAAACCGUGGUACGCCCAUCAGCGGUAUCGGCUCUUUUUUGUUUUCAUUGACUUAUUGAUUUGUUAUUUAGUAUCAAGUAUCUACUAUCUACUAUUAUUUAUAAUUACCGAUGUUAAAUUUCGAUAAAAUUGUUAUUUGCAUUAUGAAAAGUUGGUGUAAGUCUCCGUGAACACUGCAUUUUUUUAGUUUGUUAUAAGGAAAAGUAACAUUUAUUUAAUUUACAAUACAUGUAUAUAAUUUUAAAAAUAAAAUAUUAUUUAUUAGUUUACAAUCAAUGUUGCGGUGUGUUAUUCUAUACUUAUGCAUAUUUAUAGUUUAAAACUAAAAUAACAUUUUUUGUUAUCAACCAUUAUAAUAUUUAUCGAUAAUAUUACAUAUAAAUUAAUUUUAGUACAAAUUUGUAGGGCGAUAAGUUGGGAAGGGAGGACAUCGAGGGGAAAUUAAUUUAUGCCUGUCAGCAACGAUAAACCAUUGCAUAUGAAAAACGAUUCGGAGCAAAGUUCGAUUAUACAUAUUUUGAAAAGUCGUAUAAUAUUGUAAUUAAAGACCGGGUUUUUGUGCACCUAACACCUAAGAAACGUGCAAUUGAAAAAUGUUGAAAUGCGCGAAAUCGUGCAAAAACAAAUUUGUAUUAGUAAUUACUAAUUAAUAAUUAUUAAAACAAAUUAUUCAUUAUAGGUACUUCAAAUUUUAUUUUUUAUAAUAUUAUUAUUUAUUAGUAGGCAUUUAUAAUAUUUGAUCAAAAUUUAUUAUCGUGUACAUUUCUAAGUUCUUUUCUGUAAAAUAAUGUUUUCUAUCACUUGAUAGUGUGUUUUAAUUGUGAACACACACGUUCUACAUCGACACUCGUUAUCGUGCAUUGUUUGUAUUGUAUAUUAUAUCGAUAUAUAUAAUUAUAUGAUUAGAUAUAAAAGUCCAAUACUUCGUAUAAUGACAUAACAUAAUAUAGCAAUGACUCUGAUCAGUUGACGGCCAUGCAACUGAUCGGCAAGUGGCGACCGCAACUAUGGCCGUUUAUCGUCAUUCAUACAAGAAAUUCGUUGCUACAAAUCGGUGUAAAUUUCCUCUCGAGCUGUAGUUAUAAGUGUAUGAACAAUACUAUUAGUAAUUAGUAAUUACAAAAACUAAUAAAUUACACUAAAUAAAAAAUGUACCAAUUGCUAUCCUGAGUUAUCUUAGAUUUGAAAAAAAUUAUUAGAAUAAUGUAUAACAACAUUUUCUAAGAACUUUUCAAUUCGAGAUUCUUUCUCUAAUGCAGUGUUGCCAGAUAGAUAAGUCAGCGUACCGCCACUUAAGUGCGCCACGGUUUUUCUGCCACCAGCAGCGCGUCGUUCGAACAAGUCCGAUGUUUUACAUUUUACUAUAUUAUUAUUUGAUGAUUGAUUGUCGAACAAAAAUUAUACAAUAUAUUUUAUAACAUCGGCAUUGUGUCUUAAAUAGAGUUUGUUAUCUAUAUAGUAUAUAUCUAUGAGGUAACCAAAUAUAUCAAUUAUUUAACAAUAUUUUUUUUCCUAAAAGUAUGUACACUGUGAAAUAUAAACCAUUUGCGCUUGGAUAUACAUAAUUACAGACAGAACGGCCUCUCUAAUCUCUAGACUAAUAUACUCUAUAAUCUUGGACAUACCAAUAUACAAAUUUUAUAUUUUUAGAAAAUAGAUGAGAUGGUUACCAAAGCUGGUAAAGUGGUAUCUCAUGUAAUCUUAUGAAUGAAAUAUUUUCAAGUAAAAUACGUUUCUGACUAAAUAUUUUUCGAAUAAUAUAUGAUUCUGAUCGUAUUAUAAAUUUCUAACAAUAUAUUUGUCGGUUAAAAUUCAAUGUUCGUAUAUAGUAUUUUCUGAUAUUUUACUCGUUCCCACUAUGAUUGUGGCCAGAUGUAUUAAUCAAUACACUUUGGUUUGCGGUAAAUAGGUUUAUUGAUAACAGUAUUUGAUAAUAGAUAACUCUUGAUUUUUGUUUUUAGAAUCUUUGAUCGGAUCAUGUAUGACCCAAGAUCCAAAACUUAAGUUUGAAUUUUUAGAUAUUGAUGUAUUAUGACCAGUGACGAUUGUGAUUCUGACUUUUAAAAAUUAUAUAUACGACUUUAUUUUAAAUAUUAGUUAAAUCUAUUAGUGCAGUAUAUUAAUUAAAACGUUUGUUUUAUUUAAAAUUUAUUUAUUGUGUCCUGUUGAAAUAAAUCCUUCACAAUGGGUAAGAGGCAGCAUCAGAAAGAUAAAAUGUAAGUUUUUACCAUGGACUAAGAUCUUAGUCUAUGGCUUGUUAAAUUAAUAUUUAAAAUAUACCUACAGAUUUAAAAUAUUCGACUGUAUUUUCAUAUUUAGGUAUCUUACAUACACGGAAUGGUCAACAUUGUAUGGUGGCAAAAGACCUGGUAUUGAAAAACCAAAAUUUGCUCGUUUGCCAUUCGAUCACUGUUGUGUAUCCCUUGUGGCAUUCAAAACACCAUAUUGCGAUCUAGAGGGAAAUGUAUUUGAGUAUGAAGCACUACUUGAAUAUAUCAACCAAUUUAAACAUAAUCCUGUCACAGGAAAAGUAAUGUGAACAAUGUAUACUUUUAUUUACUACCUGUUUAUUUAUCAUGUAGAUUAAUAAUUUUUAGCCAAUUGAACUAAAAAAAUUAAUCAAGUUAAAUUUUCAUCGCAAUGCAGCCGGCGAAUAUCAUUGUCCUGUUUUGUUCAAACCAUUAACUAAACACUCACAUAUUAUAGCAAUUAAGACAACAGGAAAUGUUUUUUCUUAUGAGGUACAUAGUUAAUUAUUGAACAUUUUGUUUUUAAUAGUUUUCUUUUAAACAUACAAAAAAUUCAUAAAUGUUUAGGCCAUAGAACAGUUGAAUAUUAAAACAAAAAAUUGGAAAGAUCUUUUAACAGAUGAACCGUUUUUACGUAAAGACAUGAUCACUAUUCAAGACCCAACUAAUUUAACAAAAUUUAAUAUUGCAAAAUUUCAUCAUGUUGUAAAAAAAAUCAAAGUUAUUGAUCCAGGUAACGAUCAUUAAAGAAAAUGUUUAUUUACUUAUUUCUUAAUAAAUAUAUUCUAUUUAAUUUAGAUGAAGAAGCUCAAUCUAAAGAUCCAGAAGGACGUUUAAAAUCUGUAUCAAAAACUACGAGAGAUAUAUUGGAUACAUUAGACAGAGAUUACAAGAUACCUGAAAAAAAAGUUGAAGAAGUUGCUAAAAAACCUGAUAAAUUAAAUGCAGUUAGUAUUAAAGAAUAAUAUUUAAUGACAUCAAUAGAUAAUGAUUAUUCUUGGUUUAAGGCUCAUUACUCAACUGGUCGUGUAGCUGCUAGUUUUACAUCAACAACAAUGGUUCCCGUUAUGGAACACGAAGCAGCAAUUUUAGAAGAAAAUGAAAUCCGAUUUGAGCGUAUAAAGAAAAAAGGUAAGUAAUUUUGAAAUUGUUCGCAUUAAAUUUUAUAAAGAAAAAACACCAUUAAUUAUUGUAGGUUAUGUCCGAUUAACUACCAAUUAUGGACCAUUAAAUCUUGAACUUCAUUGCCAAGAAGUACCCAAAACAUGUGAAAACUUUUUAAAGCUUUGUCAAAAAAAUUAUUAUGAUGGUGUUAAAUUCCAUCGAUCAAUUCGUAACUUUAUAGUUCAAGGUGGUGAUCCAACUGGUACAGGUAAAGGUGGUGAAUCGUAUUGGGGACAGCCUUUCGAAGAUGAAUUUAAACAAAAUUUAACUCACUCUGGACGAGGAGUAUUAUCUAUGGCUAAUUCUGGUCCAAAUACAAAUAAAUCACAAUUGUGAGUAUAACAUUUAUAUAAUAUAUAAAAUUCAAUUUUAAAUUUAAUUUUUGCACUAAAUUGUUUUAGUUUUAUAACAUAUCGUUCGUGUAAACAUUUGGAUAAUAAACAUACAGUGUUUGGGCAUAUAGUGGGAGGUUUCGAAACACUCAAUGCAAUUGAAGAAAUCGAAGUGGAUAAUAAAGAUCGACCAAUAACUGAUAUUAGUAUUAUUCAAACUCAUGUAUUUGUUGAUCCAUUCCAAGAAGUUGAUGACAAAGUGAAAACUUAAUAGUUUAAGAAGAAAAAUUAAAUUGUAGUAAAAUUGUGGUUUAUUUUCAAAUUUAGAUUGCUGAAGACAGACAAACUGAAAUAAUGAACAAUCAAGAGACCAGUACAGCAUCUACUGUUCAAACGGAAGAAAAUAAAAUAUCAAGUGUAGCUGUUCCAGGUGUUAAACUCAGAACUUUUAAAUCCGGAGUUGGAAAAUAUAUAAAUCCUGUGGCCUUACAAAAAACUAAGUAAUUCAAUUUAAUUAUAAAAUAAUAAUUUUUUUUUAAUAAAAAUGAAAUUAAUAUAUGAGUAUAAAUAUGUUUUGAAACUUAAUAUUAAAUAAUAAGUAUUAAAUAUCUUUGAGUCAAAUUAUUGUUAUUACAUUUUAGAUAUCACAAUCACAUAUUAUAUAUAUUUAUAUAUAUAUAUAUUUAUAUAUAUAUAUAUUUUUUUUUUUAGGUCAGAAAAUGAAGACUUGCCAGUUAAAAAGAAAAAAAUUGUUGGUUAUGAUUUCCAUGGUUUUAAUAAUUGGUAGUUACAAAAUAAUGUUAAAUUUUAUAAAGAUAUAUCCAACAUGUAAAAAUAUACUUUUAAUUUUGUAUUAUGUAUUUUAUUUAAACUCUUGUAUAAAAGUUUAGCCAAAUGUCUAGUUUAUUAUCCCAGUGAUAUUUUUUUAAUACUGAAUUUGAUAGUCAAAAAUGGCUUCUUGUAGUUACUUUUUGAGGUAUAGUAAAAUACUGAAAUCUGCAAUGAUAUAACCCAGAAGUCAACAAUAGUCAGACUGUGGAGGGGAAACAAAUAGACUGCCAAAAAUAUUUUACUUUUUUUUUUUUAGAAAUUUUAGAUAAAAUUAUGACAGUUCAAUAAUUAUAAUAUUAAUAUGAUUCGAACAUACAAUAAAAGAUUAGGGUAAUAAACAAAAUUUGUAUCAUUCAUACCUAAUGAGGCCAAUUAAAACAAACAGAAUGAAAUUGAAAUAAGAUUAAUAUAAUAAUUAUGUAAAGAUAAAUAAAAAUAGAAGCUACGGGUUAUGGAGUAUAUCAUUUUUGUAGUACCUAUAUUUUACUUUAACGGUUUUUAUUUUUCCUUUUAGCUUCACAUAUUUAAACUUUUUCUAAAAUUACCUUAUCGAAGAACAAAUAUUCACAAUUAUCUGAUCAUCACCUUGAUAAUAAUUCUGUGCAAUAGUUGUUUUCUACAAAUAUCAAAUUUUAAAAUAACUGGCUUAAAAUAUGUCAUUAAUAGCUCAUAUAAAAUUGUUGUUAAAAUAUUUACCAUAAAUUGCAUUUUGAAUACACUAAUAAAUAUAUCUAGUAAGUACUAACUAAUAUUCAGUAGUUUUUUUUUUUUUCAAAAAUAUCAGGACCCUCUUAGUAAAUAAUUGUUGACCUCUGUUAGUCUCUCUCCACGCAUGAUCAUUUUUUUUUACUGGAAAUUUUCAAAUAGUCAUUUUUUAAAAAUCAAAUUUUUAAUAUUUCAGUAUAGAAAACAAAUUUUUUAUGAAAAAAUUGCAAGCUAGAUAUUUAAUUAGAUAUGUCCGUAAGUUGAAAUAAAUUUUAUUUUAAAAAUUUUAAAUGAUUGGUUUCCUUUAUUUAUCAAAUAGGUAUUUUAAUUGAAUAACUUUCACUGGGAUUUAUUUUCUAAUUAUUUAUUUCUAAGUUUCUAAAACUGUACCCAUAAGCAUUACAUUAGACAUGUUUUGGCAAUUCAGUUUUGAGCAACCGGAUUACGUUUAGUGAACACACUGUAUUGAUGAUACUGUUUGUUAACUGAAUGUAAUUUUCGGCAGUCAGGUUAAUGGAAUCGGUUAACAAUUAAAAACUAUGUCUAGUGUGUCUUCAAUACUGGCAAAGACAUAUGUUAGUUGAUAUAAAUGAACUAAACAUUUUAGCUACAUUGUUACCAAUUAUUUUAACUGUUGAUUGAAAACAACAUACCUAAAACGCACAUAUUAUAUAACAUAUUAUUAUGCAAACCUACCAUAAAAACGUGUGUGUGUAUAUAUAUAUAUAUAUAUAUAUAUAAAAAAAGCACUUGCCUGAAUUUAGUUGAUUUUUACUCAGGAUAAUUUUAAAUACAAAUAUAAUAAGAACCAAUAGUCAAUUUAUCAUUGUGUAUUUUAUUUAAUCAAUCUUAUCUAUAACAGAUAAAUUAGUAUUGUAAACAAAAUAUUAAAAUUCGUGUAAAAAUAAUGUAACAUCACGCAAUAAUAUAUUAGGUAUACAUAAGUUAAUAUUACUAAUUUUUUUUUUUUUUUUUUUUGAUAUAUAUAUAAAAAUAGAGAACAUGCUUUGUUCUUUACUGUAAAAAUAAUAAAAAAAUACAUUAAGAUAGUUUAUCCAAUUCAGCCUUGGUCUUGUGGAUUUCUUCAAUAUGUUUCUCGAUCUCUUGUUUUCUUAAUUCAAUAUCUUUUUUCAUUUUUUCUACUUGAUUUCGUUGCUGUUUUCAAAAUUACAAUUAUAUUUUAAUUAAUUUAUGAAUUUAUUUUGCAUUAUUUACAAAAAUCUUUUUAAAUAUUUACCUGUUUGUAAAAAUAUUCUUCUUCGUUAGCUGCUUCACGUUCUCCCAUAGCACCGCCGGCUUCUCGAAUUGAACCUCCACCGCCGCCACCUUUACCUGAGCCACUACCCAAAUUGCCCAAUCCGCUGUUGAAUCUGAGGAAACUA